UCAACAUUGUCACUAAGUGCAAAUUCGGACUUUUCGAUAACAAAAUAUUAAGAAAAAAAUAAAACUUGUGUUAUUUUCAAGAACAUGAGUGAUGAGACCCAUGAAGAAAGACAAAACAAUGAACUUGUUGCAUUGCAGUGAAACUUUUAUUUGCUUUUGGUAAAUGACGACACAGCUAGUGAGUCCAAAAAACUGAUCAACGAGGAAAAAAGCAAAGAAUAGUGCAAAAAAAUGAAUGACGAUGAAUUAAAUUUACGCCGUAAAAAACAGAACGCUGACAGAGCAUGUGCUUAUAGAAAAAGGAAAAAAGAUCUUGAUGCCAUGCCCAGUACUAGUACCGUUCAAAGUGGUGAGCCUGCAUCUGAAAAUAUUGUUACAGCAAAACUUUUACAUCAAAAGCAACUAAAUGCGGAACGAUGCCGCAGGUAUCGUCAAAAACGCAAGUGGCUAAAAUCGGGUGCCAAUUUUAACCGAGGCACUAGUGACAGCAAUACAAGUACCAGUCGAGAUACAAGUACAAGUCGAGAAUUAAUUGUUAAAACAGAGGAAUUUCAAAACUCGUCAGAUCAUCCUCAACAAUUUUUUAACCAUGAAUCUUCGGCGCAGGCUCCUGAAGAUAAAACUGGCAAUGCAAACACCUCUACUCCUACGGGCGCACGCUUUCGUCGGUACCGACGAAGAUUGAAAGCACGAAGAACUCAUGCAGAAGAAAAUCCUUCAUCGAUCUAUACAUUUUAUAUGAGACAUAACGGAGCUCAUAAUCUUUUUAAAAACUUAUUUGAGGAUAAUCCAUUUGGUUUUGCGUGCUCUGUUUGUGAUAGAUUAUGGUUCAAAAAUGAUUUGAAAUCUCCACCUUUAUCGUGCAGUGCAAUCUUAGAACAAAUAUGCCCAACUGUCUCGUUGCAAGACAUUCUUGUGUGUGCGACCUGUAAAACCUCGUUAACUGCUGGAAAAAUACCGAAUUUGGCUGUGUACAAUGGAUUUAAGUAUCUGCCUAAGCCUAAUCUCCCUGAAUUAGAUUUAGUGUCCGAGCGAUUAAUAUCACCGAGAUUACCCUUUAUGCAAAUUCGACGGUUAAGAUACGUACAAGGGCAAUAUGGAAUCGCUGGACAAGUAAUCAAUGUGCCCGUUGACGUUGAUAACAUGGUCCAAACUCUGCCUCGAAAUAUAGAUGAUGAUUAUUGUAUAAAUGUACACUUAAAAAAACGUUUAAUUCACAAAUCAAGUUAUUUGCAUGGAUUAGUGAAAAAGGGGAUUGUUAAAGACUGGCUCAGUUAUCUUGUAGCUACUCCGCUUUAUAAACAUUAUGGCAUUAAAAUUAGUCAGAAUUUCUUGGGAGAGUUAACCGACGAGAGUGAAAAUCCAGUUGUUGUUUUAGACGAUAUUGCUGAACCAAUUGAAAUUGAAGAUAGUCUAGUUGCUGAACAGCAUACUCUCUUAUGGUCGGAGGAUAAAUACUUACAAAUAGCACCGGGAGAGAACAAAGGACCUAUGAGCUUGCUGUUUGAUUCUCAUGCAGAAGAAUUGUCUUUUCCAGCAAUUUACUAUGGACAAUUUCGGAAAUUCAAAGAUGGUGUUAAUUGUAAGGCAUACUCGGUUGCAACAAGCGAAUUGCGGCGCUCGGAUCGACGAGGAGUUACUCCUCGUCACUUGCUCUACUUAGCCAUGAAGAUUAUGCGACUUCGAGUGAGUGAAAACAUCGGUAUUGCUUUUAAACAUAUAGGACAAGGCAUAAACAUAACAAAAGACCAGAUAUUAUCCUCUGAAUAUCUUAAUGGCUGUAUGAAAUCAAAUUUGGCUUUUCUUAAAUCGAUACCGAAUUCAGUACAAUAUUGGCAAAGUCGAAAGAAAGACCUCUUUGCAAUGAUCCGGCAACUUGGUAAGCCAACAGUAUUUUUGACGAUGAGUGCCAAUGAAAUAUCAUGGAAAUGGCUUUUGAAAACAUUGCAUAAAUUGAAAUAUGGCACGGAGAUAACUGAUUUAGAAAUUGAUCAGCUGCAUUAUAAAGUCAAGGCAGAAUUAAUAAAUGAAGAUGCUGUAACAUGCGCUAUUUAUUUCAAUAAACUCGUCAAUGUCAUGAUGAAAAUUCUCCAACAUAAAACCAUUAGCCCAUUCGGUAAGCAUUAUGUUCAACAUUAUUUCAAGAGGAUUGAAUUUCAACACAGUGGAAGUCCUCAUGCUCAUAUUUUACUUUGGCUGAAUGAGGCGCCUAAAGAUUCGUUUGGAGCAGACAUGAAUUCUACUAUUCAGCUUAUUGAUGAUUUAAUUUCAGUAUCGAGCACAGAAGCGUCAGGAAAUAUUAAUCUAGUCACACACCAUCACACUUUUACAUGUUAUAAAAAUGAUCGGAAUCAACGAAAAUGCAGAUUCAACGCCCCUUUCAUGCCUAAUAGGUCAACGAUACUACUCAAGCCUUUGGAUAAAUCUACUGAUGAUGAAAGAUAUGUUUAUGAUGAGUAUAAGAAAAGAUAUAAAACAAUACACCAAAAUCUCGAAAACAAUAACUACGAUGAUAUUGAUGAUUUUUAUAAUAAAAAUAACAUUUCAUCAGAUGAGGACUAUCAUAAAAUUCUAUCUGCUGGAAUUUCAAGGCCAAUGGUUUUCGUUAAACGGCAUCCUAAUGAAAAAUGGCAUAACUUCUUUAAUCCAUUUAUAUUUCACCAUUUGCAGUCGAACAUGGAUAUCCAAUACAUUACAGAUGAGUAUUCCUGUGCUGCAUACGUUGUGGAGUAUGUAAACAAAUCGAAUCGAGACACUAGUAAUCUUCAGCGGGAACUACUGGAUCUUUUGGAAGAAAAUCCAAAUUUAGAUUUAGUUGAAAUGACAAGACAUAUGAGUGUUAAUAUUUUAAAUACAAUAGAAAUGUCCAGCCAAGAAGCAGCAUGGUUUCUUCUUAGAGAACCAAUGUCUAAAUCAACGCUUAAGGUUGAAUUCAUACCUACGAUGUGGCCUCAGGAACGUUAUCGUAUUCGAAAAACAAAGAAAGAAUUGGAAAGACUUUCUGAUAACGAUACCAAUAUUUGGAAAGAAAAUUGUUUCGAAAAAUAUGAAAAUCGACCUGUAGAAUUAGAAGAUGUUUCGUUGAUUCAGUUUGUUGCUUGGUAUGCAGUCAAAUCUGGACAAAACCCGUCGGAACCUGCACUUACAGACGAAUAUUCGAAUUCAGAAGAUGAAGUAGACAUUAAAGAAGAGUUAGCACCAGAAGAAAACAUUAAUCAACAAAGUAAUAAAGUAUAUUACCGACGGAAAACUCCAAGGAUCGUACGCUAUCGACAUUACGAUAUGGCAAAUCAAAUGUUAGACUACAAACGUGAAAUGGUUACUUUAUACAUUCCAUUUCGUAAUGAAGAAAGGGACAUUUUGGCUGAAAUGCGAUUCAAUCAAAUUUAUGAAGAAAACGAACAGCUGAUUUUAGCUCGUCGUGAAGAGUUCGAAGCAAAUUUAGAUAUUGACAAAAUUAUUUUUUUUUGUAUGUAUAUCACGUGUGUGGAGGAAAACUAUUCAGAGCGAGGUGUCGCUACAAAGUGUAAUGUUAGUUAGAAUAUUAUAAGUAGUUUUUUUUUUGCGUAGACACAUCUUCUGGGAGGUUGUAUUAGGUACGUGAAGAAGCCCCUAGCGGAAAGCUACUUCAUAAUAGAAGAAGAUCUGAUAAAUAACACCAACAUUCAUGACCGUUACAAGCCCGGUAAACCACACUGCUCUUUGAAUAUCAAACAACUUGAUUUCAAAGCUUUGUGCCCAUAGGCGUCUGUCAUCUGUCAAAAUUGAGACAACAAAAGCUUACCGUGACAUUUGAUAAAGGAAUUUUCAUCAAAAAUUGCUAGAAAUAGUGAGUUGGCCGCAAGAUGUCACUGUUUGUAAAGGUAAAGGAAAAACCUUGGGAAAAACCAAUUGAAUUUGUAGAUUCUAGGUCUGUUUGCUGAUUGACUUACAGAUUGAAUGAUUUAAAAUUUAAACAGUUGAUCAAAUAAUAAAACUUAAUAUUAAUUUAAAUUACUAAAUGCUUUAGAAAACGUCGUUCAUUCAGUAUUUAUUGAGUGGGAUAGAGAAAAAAAAGCUUCUAAACAACAUAAUAUUAUGUAUGUAUUUUUAUUUGUAUCUAAGAUUCAUCUCAAUCUCUAUUUCUAUCAUCUUUGUCUUAUAAAUUUAUGUUAUGUGGGUCCAGUUAACACACUAUUUAUUUUACAUUUCUACGGUAGUACCGGCAGUACAAAACCAAUUAUAGCAUGACAUUCCAAUCGAUUUUAAACCCGAAAAAGCUGGCCAAGUUCCGAAUGUCGUCGUCAAAUGCAAUCUCAGUGUAGUGGCUGGUGACGGGCGAUGAUUAAGCCCAGAGUGUCGCCCGCUUUAAGGACUUUUGUGUUCGGCCGCGGCGUGGACAGCGGUGCAUAUACGUUCGGUUUUAUUGGGAUUUUGGUUAGUUUUGGUAAUUAUUGUAUGCUGUUCUUAUUAUGUAUGAUAAUAUAUCAAAUGAUUAUUGAGUAUUUGGGAGAUGGAUUUGGCUCAGAAAUAUACAAUACGAUAAAUAGUUUUGCGAUACUA